AUGUUCAUAGUCAACUAUCCAUUUGAAGACAUGGAGCCAGACAGCAUGAUGUUUAUGGAAGGAUUUACGCUGCAAGAUGCGAUGUGCGCAUUGGAGAUAGGGGAACCGAGACUUGAUUCCGGACUUGUCCUGGAAGAGGAGCGCCGUCCCCCAUUUGAUCCCCUUACACCACUACUACCAGAGGAACUAUGCUGGAUACUGGACAGAUCAUUUUCAUACGAGACGGAAUUUCAUGCAGGGAACUUGCUCUCUCACACCGUUUUCACGUUUUUAUACGUGCACCAUCUUCCGGACAUUGAACCAGACCUCUUGCCUUCCACCUCAUGGCGUGACCCUCUCCGCCCACGAGAACUCGUCACCCUUGUACUGCGUUCUGCGGUUCAAGGGUUGUUGAAAUCGUGCGAUCUCUCUUGGCGAGAGCUAUCAAAAGGUGGUAUGCAAGAUACAGAAGACUGGCAGAGUGACAAAUGCGAGAUUUCCUUGUUGUCAGGGCUCCCUGUCAACUUCGUGUUAUCUCUCCUAGAGGAGGCUUCGACUUGGCUAUCAAACCAUUUUCAAGUUUCCCCCUGGAACGCCCCGCUAAGAGCAAGGAUCCUUCUGCGCAAGACCAUUCUUCAAAUCAUGCACAGCGAUGUCUGCAAAGAUCCCGCUCAGUAUCAUCGUCUCGUGCAAGUGGCGCGUCAACAUCUGGACUACGCUGAAGGUCACCCUUCCCCCGAGUUUGAAGAAGGUUCAAAACCACACCUCGCGUUUGAUCCUUAUAUUGGCCGCCGCCUCAAUACAUUCAUACCCAUGCGCCUCAUCCCCGCACCUUCCGUCAAGCAAACCUGGGAGACGAUCCGACGGCUUCUAGAUGGAUGGCAAGAACUCAGCCUGUUAGCCCAAUGCCAUAGCAUCUCGAUCUGGGAGACGGUGGGGCAUCUCAGGCUCUGGCUUUCUAAUCCCCCUUUGCAGACACCAUACAUCCGUUCUCUCACCCAGUCCACCUUCUACGACGGCCUGCUUGUGUUGAGCAAAUACUCAUUCCACUGGCUUAUCGAUCGCUUUUUCUUCGAAUCUGUCGGUGUGACAUUCUCCUCCAUCACGGACAGCAUCAAUGAGGAAUGGCGGGGUAAAACCCCUCCGCCUUUGCAAAAGGUGGAGCGAUGUUUUUACAAGCGACGACAUCUCAUGAAGUCACUUGUUGAUUGGCAUGUCUUGUAUGAUUCGAUGUUGGAAGUUACGGAUGAAAUCGAUAUAGAUGCUCUUCCCCAGAAUCACAUCCUGACGAAGCUUCCCUACGUGGCGCUAUGUUGGCGGCUUGCUUCUCUGCGGGAGGUCGUCCUUUCCGGAUUUCAAUUGGAGUUAUACGUUCCGGAAGAACGACCUUUUGCGUACUGGUAUGCGACGCAAAUGCUGGACGUCCAUCUCACUUGCAUUGAUAACUUGUUUGCCGUUGUGCCGAAGGAAUCCAAUGCAUACAGAGAGCUCACCUAUCAAAGCCAGCUUCUCACAGCGCUACAAUCAAUGACGGCGGCCUUGUUUAUGGUUUCCAUCCCCUUGAUGUCCUUCGAAUGGGAACGCAUGCGACCCAAUUUCUAUAGACGCUACAAAUGGGCCUUUAGACCAGAAUACGAAAACAUCAACGCACCGGUGGUUGCUCAGCCUGCACUGCAUGAGUUCAUGCAGGCCUGUGCCGAGAUUUUGGAGGGAGAGGAGCGCACAUCACCGGCGGAAUCAAUACAAUUUGCUCUUGUAAUCCUGUCGGAGCUCCUUCGGUCACAAAGUUUUGGCGGCUGGGCAAGUUAUUGGGAGAAAGAACGAACACAAUUUGUACGGAACCUUGCCGAUGCGUGUGCCAACCUCAGCGGACUACCUGGCUCAACAAAAGAACUUGAUUCGUUCAACGCCAAGACGUUGAAGUGGGAUCCACAAGUCCACCCAUGGUUCCCUGUUCUCUCUCAAACUUCUGCAUCGGAUUCAAAGCCAAACGACGUUGACGAAAUACCUUAG